UGUUGUGAUUUACCAAAUCUUUAAUAAUUCUGUGUGUACUGUCUUACCAAUUACCGUAUCAGAUAAUCGUGUAACCUUUUGAUCUUUAAUAUUAUAGUGAUUCCAUAUUUAUAUUGUUUUUGUUAGUGUAGUUUAAUGUGUUACGUAGACGCAUUAUUACGCACAUCAGUUUGAACAAUGUGUUAAUUCACGACACUGUCAAGGUUAGUAACUUUCUUCAUCAAACUACCUGCCGCAGUUCAGAUUAACCUCUAGAGUGCGUAAACAGAAAAAAUGCGGAACAACAAAGUCGAUGACUUGUUUGAUAAAGCUGCAAAACAAUUUAACAGUAGUGGAAAGGCACUAGAUGAAGAUACGAUUCGUCUUCAAAAAUGGCUACAAACACAACCGCAUCUUCCAAAAAUGUUGGAUUCACAAGCGCUAAAAAAUUUUUUACUCCUCAAUAAAUGCAGUUUUGAGAUUACGAAACAAAAAAUCGACAACUAUUAUUCCGUUAGGUCCAGAGUACCAGACAUCGCGUUCGAAAUGAAUCCAAAACGUCCCUACUUCAAGGAAUUUAAAGAUAUGAUAUACUUCGUGGAUUACCCCCAAUUAACCGACGAAAUGUACAAAAUCACUUACUUCAAAGCCAAAGGCGAAAUCAUCCCAGACAAAUACGAACCUGUAUAUACUAUGAGGAAAUAUCUGGUUAUGCAGGAGCUAAAACUGAGAUACGACAUCAUGCAUGGAGAUAUUCUGGUCUUCGACUGCAAAGGACACACCUUAAAUAUCGCCCUUAAAGCUACACCGGUGCUCAUUUAUAAAACCAUGGUUUUACUCUAUCAACAAGUUUUCUCCAUGCGUAUUAAAGCCGUACACGUGAUAAACUUGCCACCAGUUUUGAAAACAGCGGUAAAUUUAGUCAAAUCUUUCCUGAAACCAAAACUUGCCGCAAGGAUUUAUAUUCACUCAGACGAAGAAGUCUUGAAGACACUCAUUCCUUUGAAUUUGCUUCCUGUCGAUUUUGGAGGGGAGGGAUUAUCCUUACAAGAACUGGAAGAUGACCUAGAAGCUAGGUGUGCCAAAAACCAUGAAUUGUUUGAUCGUUUGGACGAAAUUAAAGUUGAUGAAAGUUUAAGGCCGGCGAAACUGGAAGAUAACGACACCUUAGGGGUUUAUGGUAGUUUUAAAAAACUUGAUAUCGAUUGAUUUUAAUUUAGUUCGAUGUUUUUAUUUUUGUUUAAUUUGUUUCUGUUAAAAUUUUAGAACUAAAUCAUUGUGUGAUUUAUUUUUAUCAAUAAACCUGCCAUGUAACCUUGACCUCGACUUUGACAACAUUCUACUAUUUUUGAGAACAGUGUGACUCAAAGAGAUAUAAACUUUUUAAUAAGUAAUUCGUGAAUUAAAACUCUGCCAAGGUCUCCAGCUACU